GGAGGGACGGCUUGUCGUCACAUGUGAUUAGUGGGUGUGUGUUGUCUUCCUCCUCAUUCAGUGCGACGUUUUAUUAAAGUUGUAAGAUGGCGACGGUGCAUCUGAGGAUCGGGGACCUAGUGUGGGGGAAGCUCGGGCGUUACCCACCAUGGCCAGGAAAGGUAGUAAGCCCUCCAAAGGACCUGAAAAAGCCUAGGGGUAAAAAAUGCCAUUUUGUGAAAUUCUUUGGAACUGAAGACCAUGCCUGGAUUAAAGUAGAACAGCUGAAGCCCUAUCACGCCCACAAAGAGGAGAUGAUCAAGAUAAAUAAAGGAAAGCGCUUCCAGCAGGCGGUUGAUGCAGUGGAAGACUUCCUAAAGAAAGCAAAGGGAAAAGAGCAGAACUCGGAGGGUAAAGGAGAUUCAAAGGGAAAGAAGACACCUAACAAGCCACUGAAAAUACUGGAGGAGGAUGACGAGGAUCUUAGUGCACUGAAGGACCCUUCUGAGAAGGACUUGACUGACUCUGACCCAGAGCCAUCCACUAUUGAGAGGCUGGGGUCUGGACCUGGCUCAGUAUUCGAAUGGGAAAACAGUCCUGUGAAGGACGACCCACAUUUCCAUCACUUCCUUCUGAGCCAGUCUGAGAAGCCAGCCUCAUCAAUGGAACCGAUCAGCAAGCGCCUGAAGAUCGUUGAAGAGGACACAGGGUCAACAUCUAUCCAAGCAGCCGACAGCACAGCCAUUAAUGGCAGCAUCACACCCACAGAUAAAAGGAUAGGGUUCCUGGGUCUGGGGCUGAUGGGUAGUGGUAUUGUUUCCAACCUGCUGAAAAUGGGUCACGUGGUCACCGUGUGGAAUCGCACAGCAGAAAAGUGCGACCUGUUCAUUCAGGAGGGUGCCAGGUUAGGCCGGACUCCUGCAGAGGUGGCUUCCACAUGUGACAUCACUUUUUCCUGCGUCUCCGACCCAAAGGCCGCCAGGGAUUUGGUGCUUGGACCCAGUGGGGUGCUGCAGGGAAUCAGGCCAGGGAAAUGCUAUGUAGAGAUGUCCACCGUUGACCCAGAGACCAUCACAGAACUCUCACAGGUGAUCACGUUGCGGGGCGGACGUUUCCUGGAGGCUCCAGUGGCAGGAAGCCAGCAGCUCUCCAAUGAUGGGAUGCUGGUCAUUGUGGCAGCUGGUGACAGGACGGUCUAUGAGGACUGCAGCAGCUGCUUCCAGGCCAUGGGCAAGACCUCCUUCUUCCUGGGUGAGGCAGGGAACGCAGCGAGGAUGAUGCUGAUCCUCAACAUGGUGCAGGGCAGCUUCAUGGCCACCAUCGCAGAGGGGCUUACUCUGGCCCAGGCCACUGGCCAAUCACAGCAGACCUUCCUGGACAUCCUGUGCCAGGGCCAGAUGGCGAGCACCUUUGUGGACCAGAAAUGCCAAAAUAUUUUGCAGGGCAACUUUAAACCAGACUACUAUUUGAAACAUAUUCAGAAGGAUCUGAGGCUAGCCAUCUCCAUGGGCGACAUGGCCAACCAUCCAACCCCAAUGGCUGCGGCUGCCAAUGAGGUUUACAAGAGGGCUAAGGCACUGGACCAGUCAGACAAUGAUAUUUCUGCAGUCUACCGAGCCUACAUUCACUAGAGCGGGGUGUGACCUAUCCUCUGGACCAGUCUUUAAUCCCUUCUUAUUUCUCCCUCAUUAUUUACUGAGUGUUAUUUUCAAUUCUAGUUGUUUUAUUUCUUUUAGCCCCAGUGGCAGCCAUGUUACUUGCCCACAAGUCAUGGAUUGUAAUUAUGUUUUUCGAGGUAACCUUGAGCAUUGUAAUGGUGUGUUCAGAACAAACACAAAGUCAAAUGGUUGUGCGAGCUUUGUUUGUGGUAAAGACAAAAUGACGGCUGGAGUCACAUUAGUAUUUUCAGAUUUUCCCUGGUCCUCCUACUGUUACUGUUUCUACAAAGUACAGAUUUAUCACAGAACUCACUGUCCACACACAAUAAGUUUGCUCUCCUUGUUUUUGCUCCAGUUGAAAUUGUUUCCAUUUCAGCAGACACAUGUUCAUGUGACCUGGCACAAAUUUGCAUCGUUGCUUGGGUUUAGUAUGUAAUCACAGCACGGGGAACUAUGUCUUCACGUUUGAUCUGAACACACCAUGAGAGUGCUCCAAACAAGGUUGUACUACUGCUGUGGGGGCGGUUAGUCUGGUUUCUGACAACUGGGGGGGGAAAAAAAAAAAGUGGUAGAAGUAACGCAGGGUGGUCGGGGCAUUGCUACUGUGAAGAGCAGCGUGUCCGACUCAGUCCAGAGAAAAUGCUGUCAGGUAUAGUGGAUACAGAAACCCUAAAGAUUUUUUUUUUUGUUCAUGUGCAAAUGAAGAGUUUAUUUAAUUGAGUGUGUUAUUUGCUUUUCUUUUUAAUCGUCCAGAAUUCCAUGAGAGAAAACACCAAGAACAUGCCACUGCAUUGCCUUAACAUUGUAACCCCCUCAAGUCUUUCAAUGAUAGAUGUAUUUAUUUAUGCUUCUUUCCAGGUCUUCUUGGUGCAGUUUAUUCAUGGCUUGUUUCUGUGUUUGACCACAUGAUGUAUGCUUUUAUGUUGGUGUUAUUGAUUAAUCUUUCUUGAAGCGGUUAAGAAAAGAGCAACAGGAUGUGUUGAGGCCUUAAAAUGCAGUAAUAAUUGAAAUGACUCAUCACGACUUGAGAUUUCAACAUUUGAACCCCUUCAUUGUUUUGUUUGGAAGAGUUCUCAGUUCUACUGUGUUUUUCUUUUUUUAAUAUAUUAACCUGUAACGAGAUGAAUCCACUUCUUGAGUUGCAUUUUAACUGAAGUUCAUGAUUAAGCCCAAGUGUCAUGUUAUUUCUGCUAAGUUAUAAGAAUUUAUGGCUACAUUUGAAGGCCAAGUUUCAUCAAGGGGCAAAAAUCCACAAUUAAAAGACAAACUAAUGAAACAGUUUGAGGUGGUUCUGUGGUGGGAAUGUUUCAUUAGUUUUAAAGACUGGCACUGGAAUAAAUAAAACAUCCUCAGUUCA